UCUUGUGAUACUAGAAGACGCAUCUCUGAUUCGGACCUAGAGUCACGAACAUAGCAGGUGUCCCUUUAAGAAGGAAGCUUCUCUUUAUAUUCUUUUCUCUGGAUUAUUGGUGGCUUUCCUUUAUCUUGUUUUCAUCGUAAAUAACUUCAGAAUUUUUAGGUAACGUUGCUUAAAUCCAAAUCCCAUAGUUGACUCGGUUCCUGAUUGCUGAUUCUGAUUGCUGAUUCUCACCCACUUUAUGGUUUUAUCCUUUCCGUUUCAGAAUUCAGACUCUUUCUAGUCUCUAUUUUUAUAAAACCUGAUACUUUGAUCCAUUUCCCCACAUACCCUUCUGAAUCAAAGUUUCAAACUUUGGCUUUUUCACACUAUGUAUAUUCUUCCCCCUGGCCUCAUCUGAAUAUACAAAGCUUUAUACUUUAGUCAUCAAUCUGCUUAGUCUUCUUGAAUUCUCAUCUGGGUUCAAUCCUUUUUCAUAUUUUGACUGAAUCACUUUCAGGCAGUGUUGUGUUACCUGAUAAAAAUCUUUUCUUUCCUUCUGUUUUUGUGUCAUAAUCAUGGGUUGUUGUCUGAGUAAAAAAGGAUCAGAACCAGAAGACCUUGUUUACAGACAUGUUGGGGCUGGUGGUAUGCGUAAUCAUAAGACUCAUGAACCUUUUGUCAACCAAUCAAAAGCCCCUGAUGCAGCAGCACCACCUCAGGCACCAUGGAAGCCCACUGUUUUUGCCAUGAGCCCAAAACAUGUUCAAUGGUCAGAUACAAUUCUUGGGAAACCAUUUGAGGAUGUUAGGCAGUUCUAUACAUUGGGGAAAGAAUUGGGGAGAGGCCAAUUUGGGGUGACUUAUUUGUGCACUGAGAAUUCAACUGGCUUGCGAUAUGCUUGCAAGUCCAUUUCAAAGAGGAAGCUUGUUAGCAAAUCUGAUAAGGAGGAUAUAAAGAGGGAGAUUCAAAUUAUGCAGCAUUUGAGUGGACAACCCAACAUUGUUGAGUUCAAAGGUGCUUAUGAGGAUAAGCAUUCGGUUCAUGUUGUUAUGGAGCUAUGUGCAGGUGGUGAACUUUUUGAUAGGAUUAUUGCCAAGGGGCACUACAGUGAAAGAGCUGCAGCUUCAAUAUGUAGACAAAUUGUUAAUGUUGUUCAUAUCUGCCAUUUUAUGGGUGUGAUGCAUAGGGAUCUGAAGCCUGAGAAUUUCUUAUUGUCCAGUAAGGAUGAAAAUGCAAUUCUCAAGGCCACAGAUUUUGGCUUGUCGGUAUUCAUUGAGGAAGGUAAAUUUCUUAUUCAUUCAUGGUCUUUUGUUUUAAUAUUUAAAUUUUUUAAUAUUUGUGAAUUUAUUUUUCCAGGAAAGGUGUAUCGUGAUAUAGUUGGCAGUGCCUAUUAUGUUGCUCCAGAAGUUCUACGUCGUAGAUAUGGGAAGGAAAUAGAUAUAUGGAGUGCAGGAGUUAUAUUUUAUAUCUUACUUAGUGGCGUACCUCCAUUUUGGGCAGAGACGGAAAAGGGAAUAUUUGAUGCCAUACAGAAAGGUCAUAUUGAUUUUGAAAGUCAUCCAUGGCCAAGCAUAUCAAAUAGUGCUAAGGACCUUGUUCGUAAGAUGCUUAUACAGGAUCCAAAGAAACGCAUUACUUCUGCUCAGGUUCUUGAGCACCCAUGGAUUAAAGAAGAUGGAAAUGCUUCCGACAAGCCAAUAGACAGUGCAGUCCUUUCCAGAAUGAAGCAAUUCAGAGCAAUGAAUAAACUAAAGAAACUUGCCCUCAAGGUCAUUGCUGAAAAUCUCUCUGAAGAAGAGAUCCAAGGUUUGAAGGCAAUGUUUACAAAUAUUGACACUGACAAUAGUGGUACAAUCACCUAUGAGGAACUGAGGGCAGGAUUGCAAAGACUUGGCUCAAAGCUUACUGAAGCUGAAGUGCAGCAGCUUCUGGAAGCUGCUGAUGUUGAUGGAGAUGGCACAAUUGACUACAUAGAAUUCAUCACUGCUACAAUGCAUAGACACAGAUUAGAAAGAGAUGAGCAUCUUUACAAGGCCUUCCAAUAUUUUGAUAAAGACAACAGUGGGUUUAUUACAAGAGAUGAACUGGAAACAGCCAUGAAGGAAUAUGGUAUGGGUGACGAAGAUACAAUCAAGGAAAUUAUAUCUGAAGUUGAUACAGAUAAUGAUGGUAGAAUAAACUAUGAAGAAUUUUGUGCAAUGAUGAGGAGUGGAACCCAACAACAAGGCAAGCUAUUCUAAAUCACACAAUGUCACUAGAAUGAGUGUCCUGCAGCUAAGACACCCUAUUGAAAAGGCGUAUACUUGAGUUCUGAGAAGGGCUUCCGAAAGUAAAUAUACAUCAUAUAGGCAUGUAAAGCUUUUAAUUUAGAUUUGCUUGAGUUAAAAUGCUCCACGUGACUUGUUGUCAACUCUCUUACUUCUCUUUUUGGUUUCUUUUUCACUUUAAAGUCUAUUUUUGAGUUCUUUUGGACACGAAUGAAAUAUAGACUCACCUAGGAAAGGUGAUUUUCGAAGUAGAUUAUGCAAUUUAUUAAACUCGAAAUCUUCAUCUACUAUUGUUGAUUAAGGUUUGCACUUCUACCGAUGAAAUGUUUAUUGGCUACUGUUAAGGGAAAUUUUUGUCGCUUGUUAUGAGAACUGAAGUGGAUUAGAGGUCAAUCAUAAAGAAAAGGUUUUGUAGGCUUUCAUUUUCUGUUUGCAGCAAACUUGGUGGGACAUUCUGUGACAACUAGCAUAUAACCUUUGGUAGAUCUUUCCAUAUCUGCCUGAUGACAAGCACAUCAAGUCAAACCAAGUGUUGGAUUUAUGAACAGUGACAAUGCUUCAAUGUAUGAUGGUACUUGUAAAAACUUUGAAUUUAAAAUUGUGUGUUUGGAUACGACAUUUUAGCUACAUUAAACAGGUUGAAAUAAACAAAUUCAGUAGCUAUCUAAUAAAUUAAAAAGAAAACUAACUGGUUGAACACUUACGCUAGUCAAUUUAGAUAAUUCUGCCUUUUAUCUU